AUGACAACCCACGUGACCCUGGAAGAUGCGCUGUCCAAUGUGGACCUCCUGGAGGAGCUUCCACUCCCUGACCAGCAGCCAUGUAUCGAGCCUCCUCCUUCUUCUAUUAUGUAUCAGGCAAAUUUUGACACCAACUUUGAAGACAGAAAUGCCUUUGUCACCGGAAUCGCCAGAUACAUUGAACAGGCCACUGUCCACUCCAGCAUGAAUGAAAUGCUUGAGGAGGGGCAUGAGUAUGCUGUCAUGCUAUACACCUGGAGAAGCUGCUCUAGAGCUAUCCCUCAGGUGAAGUGCAAUGAGCAGCCUAACCGAGUGGAGAUCUACGAGAAGACUGUGGAGGUGCUGGAGCCAGAGGUCACCAAACUCAUGAAGUUCAUGUACUUCCAGCGUAAAGCCAUCGAGCGUUUCUGUAGUGAGGUGAAGCGUCUGUGCCACGCUGAGCGUAGGAAGGAUUUCGUGUCCGAGGCUUACCUGCUCACUCUCGGCAAAUUCAUCAACAUGUUCGCCGUGUUGGACGAGCUGAAGAACAUGAAGUGCAGUGUUAAAAACGACCACUCUGCAUAUAAAAGGGCCGCGCAGUUCCUGAGAAAAAUGGCUGACCCGCAGUCUAUCCAGGAAUCUCAAAACCUCUCUAUGUUCUUAGCCAAUCACAACCGGAUCACGCAGUGUCUGCACCAGCAGCUGGAGGUGAUCCCUGGCUAUGAGGAGUUGCUAGCUGACAUUGUUAACAUCUGUGUGGACUAUUAUGAGAAUAAAAUGUACCUGACUCCCAGUGAGAAACAUAUGCUUCUCAAGGUGAUGGGAUUUGGUCUGUAUUUGAUGGAUGGAAAUGUCAGCAAUAUUUACAAGCUGGAUGCCAAGAAGAGAAUAAACUUGAGCAAAAUCGACAAGUUCUUCAAGCUCCAGGUUGUGCCCUUAUUUGGGGACAUGCAGAUUGAACUAUCACGCUACAUUGAAACCAGCGCCCACUAUGAAGAGAACAAGUCAAAGUGGACCUGUACUCAGAGCAGCAUUAGUCCGCAGUAUAACAUCUGUGAGCAGAUGGUGCAGAUCAGAGAGGACCACAUCCGCUUCAUCUCCGAGCUGGCGCGUUACAGUAACAGCGAGGUGGUCACCGGCUCCGGUCUGGACAGUCAGAAGUCUGAUGAAGAGUACAGAGAACUCUUUGACCUGGCCCUCAGGGGCCUGCAGCUGCUGUCCAAGUGGAGCACACACGUCAUGGAAGUGUAUUCGUGGAAGCUGGUGCACCCCACCGACAAGUUCUGCAACAAGGACUGUCCCGGCACUGCGGAGGAAUAUGAGCGUGCCACCCGCUAUAACUACACCAGCGAGGAGAAGUUUGCCCUGGUGGAGGUCAUUGCCAUGAUAAAGGGUCUCCAGGUCCUGAUGGGCCGGAUGGAGAGCGUGUUUAACCAGGCCAUCCGGAACACCAUCUACGCAGCGCUGCAGGACUUCGCCCAGGUCACCCUCAGAGAACCGCUCAGGCAGGCCGUACGCAAGAAAAAGAACGUCCUGAUCAGUGUUCUCCAGGCCAUUCGGAAAACCAUCUGUGACUGGGAAGGGGGUAGGGAGCCACCGAACGACCCUUGUCUGCGGGGAGAGAAGGAUCCCAAGGGAGGGUUCGAUAUUAAAGUCCCCCGUCGUGCUGUCGGACCAUCGAGCACGCAGGUAACGUUUUUUUUUUUAUGCGUGGCUUACAUUGUCACAGGUGGGACAAAAGCUGAGCAAAUGAGAGCUUCAGAUGAUCUCUAUAUGGUACGCACCAUGCUGGAGUCUCUGAUUGCUGAUAAGAGCGGCUCUAAGAAGACUCUGCGUAGCAGUCUGGACGGCCCCAUCGUGCUGGCCAUCGAAGACUUCCACAAGCAGUCCUUCUUCUUCACGCACCUUCUCAACUUCAGCGAGGCUCUGCAGCAGUGCUGUGACCUCUCCCAGCUCUGGUUCCGAGAGUUUUUCCUGGAAUUGACCAUGGGUCGCCGCAUCCAGUUCCCCAUUGAGAUGUCAAUGCCCUGGAUCCUGACCGACCACAUCUUGGAGACCAAGGAACCCUCCAUGAUGGAGUAUGUUCUUUACCCAUUAGAUUUGUACAAUGACAGUGGUUACUACGCCCUAACCAAAUUCAAGAAACAGUUCCUCUACGAUGAGAUCGAGGCAGAGGUGAACCUCUGCUUUGACCAGUUUGUCUACAAAUUGGCAGAUCAAAUAUUUGCCUACUACAAAGCAAUGGCUGGAAGUGUGCUCCUUGACAAGCGAUUCCGGGCAGAGUGUAAGAACUACGGUGUGAUUAUCCCGUACCCACCGUCCAAUCGCUAUGAGACUCUGCUGAAGCAGAGACACGUUCAGCUUUUGGGACGCUCCAUCGACCUGAACAGGCUUAUCACCCAGCGGAUCUCUGCAGCCAUGUAUAAGUCCCUGGAUCAGGCCAUCAGUCGCUUUGAGAGCGAGGACCUCACCUCCAUUGUGGAGCUGGAAUGGUUGAUAGAGGUAAAUAGAUUGACUCAUCGCCUGUUGUCAAAGCACAUGACCCUAGACAGUUUCGAUGCCAUGUUCCGCGAGGCCAACCACAACGUGUCUGCCCCUUAUGGCCGAAUCACUCUGCAUGUCUUCUGGGAGCUCAAUUUUGACUUCCUCCCUAACUACUGCUACAAUGGCUCUACCAACCGAUUUGUGCGGACUGCCAUUCCCUUUACCCAGGAGCCUCAGAGGGACAAACCAGCCAAUGUACAGCCUUACUACCUGUACGGCUCCAAGCCGCUGAACAUUGCUUACUCCCACAUCUAUAGUUCAUACCGGAACUUUGUUGGUCCCCCACAUUUCAAGACCAUCUGCCGUCUCCUAGGUUACCAAGGAAUCGCCGUGGUGAUGGAGGAACUGCUCAAGAUUGUCAAGAGCUUGUUGCAGGGAACCAUCCUGCAGUAUGUGAAGACCCUUAUUGAGGUUAUGCCUAAAAUCUGUCGCCUGCCACGCCACGAGUACGGCUCACCAGGCAUCCUGGAGUUCUUCCAUCACCAGCUAAAGGACAUCAUCGAGUACGCUGAGCUGAAGACGGACGUGUUCCAGAGCCUGAGAGAAGUGGGCAAUGCCAUCCUCUUCUGUCUGCUUAUCGAACAGGCUCUGUCACAGGAAGAAGUUUGUGACCUACUACACGCUGCUCCAUUCCAAAACAUCCUCCCAAGAGUUUACAUCAAAGAGGGGGAGAGACUGGAAGUGCGGAUGAAGAGAUUGGAAGCAAAGUAUGCUCCUCUACACUUGGUGCCAUUAAUUGAAAGACUUGGGACCCCACAGCAAAUCGCCAUUGCGCGAGAAGGGGACCUUCUGACUAAGGAGCGGCUUUGCUGCGGCCUGUCCAUGUUUGAGGUGAUCCUCACACGCAUCCGCAGCUUCCUGCAAGACGGCGUGUGGCGCGGGCCUCCGCCCACCAACGGCGUCAUGCACGUGGACGAGUGUAUGGAGUUUCACCGGCUGUGGAGCGCCAUGCAGUUUGUCUACUGUAUCCCCGUGGGCACACACGAGUUCACAGCAGAGCAGUGCUUCGGAGACGGGCUCAACUGGGCCGGAUGUGCCAUCAUCGUCCUGCUCGGUCAGCAGCGUCGCUUUGACCUCUUUGAUUUCUGUUACCAUCUUCUCAAGGUCCAAAGGCAGGAUGGCAAAGAUGAGAUCAUCAAGAAUGUGCCCCUGAAGAAGAUGGCAGAUCGCAUUAGGAAGUACCAGAUACUCAACAACGAGAUCUUCGCCAUUCUCAACAAAUACAUGAAGGCGGUAGAGACGGACAGUUCCACUGUAGAGCACGUUCGCUGUUUCCAACCCCCUAUACACCAGUCGCUGGCCACCACGUGUUGA